AACAAAAAAAAAACCAAAUAGCUGUAAUCUCACCCCCACCCCAAGACCAUUAUCAACAUCUUAGGGUGUUGAUAUCUUUAAGAUCUUUCUCUAUGCAUACAUACACAUAUGAUUAUGUUGGAUUUGGGAUAACAUAUUUUUUUUUGUAAACUGUAUUUUUCCAGUUAAUAAAUCUCAAAUACUUUCUCAUGCAAUAAAUAUCAUUCGGUAACUUUUAAAAACAUUUAAAACUUUCUAAAAACUUGUGUCCUCCUCUCUGGUAACCAAUGUCUAUCCUCAGACAUGUAGUUUGCUUUCUCUUUGGCAGUUACCAAAUGUACUGUGUCAUGAGCUUUCUUGUUGUCUAUUCUUUGCACACAUUACUGCCCUCAAGCCAAUUUCAGGCCACAGCCUGUUUUGCUACAGCCCUCAAGCUAAUAGCUUUCAUAUUUUUUAAGAGUUAAAAAAAAAAAGCACACACACGAAGAAGACAAACAACAGAAACAUAUGCGGCCUGCAAAGCCUGAAGUAUUUACUAUAUGGGCUUUUAUAGAAAACAUUUGUCAAUCCCUGUAUUAUGAAUUCCAGGAAAUGCUAUUUUUGAGUCAAAGGGUGUGAACAUUUUUGAGCCUUUUACUGCAUUCUGCCAAAUGCCCUCCACAAACACUGAAGCAAUUUAUGCCCUGCUCAGUACUGAGCUUGGUCAUGUGCCACACAUCCUGCCUCAAAGGUCAUUGUCCCACCCAAAUUGUUAGCUCUGAGUACUCUUUUAGUCUCAGUCAACUUGAUGGGGUGUUAUUGGUUUAAGUUUUCACUUCCCUUAAAAAUAUGUUUGGUCAUUUAAUUUUCCUUUCAUGACUUAACUAAUUUACAUUUUUGCCCAUUUUGAAAAUAAACAGGAAAUUUAUAUUUCUUUGUAAGAGCUCUUUAUUAAAUAAGGAUGUUACUCUCUUAUCUUUCAUUACAUAUUGCAAAUUUUUUGGUAGUUUUUACUUGCCUUUCAAUUUUAUUCUAUGGGUCUUUUUGAUGAAAGCAGUUAAAAAUUCUAUAGUUAAAUUUGUCACUUUUCCUGUGUAAUUUUGCCCUUUAUUCCAUGCUUACUCUGAGAUUAAAAGCAAUUCACUUGGGAGUCCUGGAGUCAUAUUGCCGGGUUCAAAUUUGGACCACAUACUACAUAUUUGAGUAAAUUACUUAACCUAAGUCACAGUUUUAUUCUUUAUUAAAUGGAGGUAAUAGUAAUGCCUGCCAUAGGGUUGAUAUGAGAAUGAACAGCUAUAAAACACAAAAAGCACUUAGCAUCGUGCCAUUGGUUAUUAUUAUAGCAGCAAGAGGAUACUCUAGGCAAAAGAAAUAACAUUUGUAAAGGUACAAAGGUAUAAAACAACUUUGUGUGUGUGGGAAACUAGAUGUGAUGUGGCAAAAUGGGGUGUCAAGCGUGAGAGGCAAGACGGGAGGGGGAGAUGGGCCCUGAAAGCCAUGCCCAGGGUCUUGCUCUCGUAUUACCAGAGAUUGGGAGCCAGAGAAGGCUGUUCAGCCAGCAAGAAGCCCAGGGAUAUGUGAUGCAGGAUGACCCCUGUGGUAGCCAAGCGGAAAAUGCACUAGAUUCAUAUCGUAAAUCAUACUGCUGUGUCUCCUGCCCCACCCUCCCCUCAUGAAAUUCCUGAUCUCUAGAGGCAAAUUCUUCCACCUUCUAACUAUUUAGGUAUUUGCCUCUUCGCUUCCAAAUAGCAUGUUUAAAUUAUUUCUUUUUUAACUUUUAAACUAUUUCUAUUUUGGCAUCAUAGAUAAGAUUAUGAGACUAAUUUAUAAACAAUACCAAUAGGGAGGGCCCUAAGGACCUAAAAGACAACCUGAGAGAAGAUGGGAUCAACACUACUUGCUAAUGAGUGAAAGCCAGGGAAUCGCAGGCAGGGAGGGGAGGAGAGGGGAGGCUGUCUUGAGUUGGAGACCAGAGAAGCAGGCGGGGAGCAGAAAGACAGUUCCGUCUGGAAGAUAUAAAGUUUUAAGCACCAUUGUGGAGUAUGACCAAGUCGGGUAUUGCCCCAGACUUCUAUCUUGCUGGUGUCUCACUGCUCUGAGGACCAAGUAUUGAUGACUCAGGAGGCAGUCUUGGGUGGUUUAGGAAAAUGUAGAUAAGAAACUCUGCCAGCUAGAACUUUAAUACAAAGCUUCCCAAUUUCAUGCCAUGGAAUGGGUACAGAUGUGUAGAUACCAGUCUCCUCAGCGCUCCUGGCGGAAGGGCACAGUCACUCCUGUAUGAGCAGCCUCUUCUGUUUACCCCCGUUUGGGUCUCGCAGACAUUACCAUUUCCUGGGUGUGCCGUGAAGUAGGUGUAUGAAGCACUACUUUAGAAGGCCCAAUGCACUCACGACGUUCAACCUGCUGGGCCAGCUGCCAGGGCCCUCCUACUCAAACUUGAUGCUGCCUUUUAAAAAAUGUCUGCCCCUCCCCCUAUCACCACCUAUUCCUAUCCCCACCCACCAUUCAAAACCAUCUUUCAGGUAUACUGAGUAUCACGGUUUAAAGGCUUCAAGGGAGGAGUUCCCCACCCAUGACAGGCUUCCUGUCGUGGUGGCAAGCACUGGAGGCACUGCUAUGGUUUGAGGAACAACCAGCACACUUGACAUUUCUGUUAGAACAAUGGGACCCGAUUGUCACCGGCAGGAAGUCCAUCUUCACAGUUGCCAACCUUUCGGUCAAACCCAUAACCCCACCCCCAAAAGAGUACAGAACAAUGGAGGAGGACGUGACAGCGAACCUGUGAGCAGCUACAAGAACAAAAACAGCGGAUUAGGUGACCCUGGAUGCUUUUUUCCCUUGCGCUCUUCUCUGCAUCAUUAUGCUCCACUUGUGACGUCUCAGACGCCUUGCCUGGCUCCUGCAGACGUGGGAUGCCCUGGCCCGCCCCGGGAGCCUUGAGGCGUCACUGUGCGGUUCCACGCCGCGGUCUUGGGAAAAACGAAGGGGCGGUGGCCUGGCGGUUGCAGAGGGGCGAGCCAGGGCGAGGGAGGCAGCGCGCAGCCGGGCUUCGCCUUCCCCUUGGAUGACCUCCGCCGUGCUCCCCGCCCCUCGCCCUCUGAGCCUGCGGCCAGACGCCUGGCGCCCCUUUGCUAGCCGCCCGUGCCCAGCCGCCUCCUCCUUCUCCACUUUCUCCUCCUCCUCCUCCCCCGCCUCUUCCGUUUCUGGAGGGAAAGGCUGCAGCCUCCUUCUGGGCUCCGCAUCCCCGGCUUAGAUACUACGAUUUCCUCCUUACGCACCCCUUGCCCCGGCGCCACUACUCCCGCCUCCUCCGACCUGGUCCCGGUCUGGGCGAACAGCACGUCCCGAUCGCCUCUCCCGACUGCAGCUGACAGCCGAGUGGGUGCUGAUUCCAUCCACAGCUGCAACGGAAAAGCAAGGCUCUGAAAUGUCAGAGAUCCUCCGAGAGCUGCUCCGUGUCUCUGAGAAAGCUGCCAACAUUGCCCGGGCAUGCAGGCAGCAGGAAGCUCUUUUCCAGCUACUCAUAGAAGAAAAGAAAGAAGGAGAAAAGAACAAGAAGUUUGCAGUUGAUUUCAAGACCCUGGCUGAUGUACUGGUACAGGAAGUUAUAAAACAGAAUAUGGAGAACAAGUUUCCAGGCUUGGAAAAAAAAAUUUUUGGAGAAGAAUCCAAUGAAUUUACUAAUGAUUUGGGAGAAAAGAUUACCUUGCGACUGUGUCCAACAGAGGAAGAAACGGUAGAGCUUCUUAGCAAAGUCCUUAAUGGUAACACGUUGGCAUCUGAAGCAUUAGCCAAGGUUGUUCAUCAGGAUGUUGCCUUCACUGACCCCACUCUGGAUUCGCUGGAGAUCACCAUUCCACAGGACAUUCUGGGGAUCUGGGUGGAUCCCAUUGAUUCAACUUAUCAGUAUAUAAAAGGUUCUGCCGACAUUAAACCCAACCAAGGAAUCUUCCCCAGUGGACUUCAGUGCGUCACCAUAUUAAUUGGUGUCUAUGACAUACAGACAGGAAUGCCCCUGAUGGGGGUCAUCAACCAACCUUUCGUAUCACAAGACCUAAACACCCUCAGGUGGAAAGGACAGUGCUACUGGGGCCUUUCUUACAGGGGGACCAACAUCUACUCACUUCCGCCCCCCAUCUCUAAAAGAAAUGGCAGUGACCCCCGGAGCCAAAUGACUGGAAACCCCAGCUCUGAAGCGGAAUUCUCUCACCAGUUUUCAGCUGUCAUUAGUACAAGUGAAAAGGAGACUAUCAAAGCUGCAUUGUCACGGGUGUGUGGAGAUCGCAUAUUCCGGGCAGCUGGGGCUGGUUACAAGAGCCUGUGUGUUGUCCAAGGCCUCGUUGAUGUUUACAUCUUUUCAGAAGAUACCACAUUUAAGUGGGACUCUUGUGCUGCUCAUGCCAUACUCAGGGCCAUGGGCGGGGGAAUGGUAGACUUAAAAGAAUGCUUAGCUAGAAAUCCCGAAACGGGGCUUGCUUUGCCACAGCUGCUGUACCACGUGGAAAAUGUAGGCGCUAGUGGAGUGGAUCGGUGGGCCAACCAGGGAGGACUGAUUGCAUAUAGAUCAAGCAAACAGCUGGAGACGUUCCUGAGCCUCCUCAUCCAAAACCUUCCACCUGCGGACACACACAGAUGAACCUUCUCCUGUGUCCUUACAGACCUCACUGUGAAACGGUCACCUCCAUCUCUAUCAUUUGAAGAUAGCUUUGUCCUAUUGAUGGUCAACAUUCAUCUUCCUCUGUGGAGGAGCAUUUUUUCAUUAUGUGUUCAUAAUGUUAAUUUCAAUAAAUGAAUGACAUAAUGUUAAUUUCAAUAAAUGACAUUUGUGCAGCAAUUAAA